UUGGUAUCUUCUUGCUGCUUACCGCUGAUGUACCUGGUCGUGUACCUGUCUGACUAUAAUCUCUUCGCAAACGGUUGACGGUAUUAUGUGGUGAUUUGGCGGAGAGCUGUGGCUUCCGUCCGAGUGUACGGCACCGCGGUAUUAACGUAAGCUGUGUGCACCGGAUAUCGUUGAAUAGGUUUCGCCAUUGCCAGUAUAUUCAAUAUCAUCCAUGAAAACAGAUCGCUGGUGGCAAUCGUGUUCUGUUCAUCAUUUUUUCCUUCCAAGCCAACAGUCUAUUGUUCCGUGGGUGUCUUCUUCAGCUGACCCGAAAAUGGCACAAUUCUUUAAUCAGAAAGAGAUCGAUGAAUUCAAGGAAUGCUUCAACUUGUACGCCAAAAGUGGCUACAUAACAUCUGUUGGCGAGUUAUCGUUGAUAAUGCGCUCCCUUGGCUUGGCCCCUACAUUGACGGAAUUGCCGUUAUAUUUCAAAGGAAAAGGAAGCAAUAUUUCCUUUCCAUCGUUUUUGGACAUUAUGCACACCCACAAAGAAUCUGAACGGGCAUCAUCGGAUAUUUUGAAAGCCUUUCAAGCCAUGGAUCGAAAGGGAAAUGGAGAAAUACCGGCCAAAGAUCUUCGGCAUUUCCUUAUGAGCACGGGCGAAAAGAUGUCAAGGCGAGAUGUGGAUGCCGUAUUUAAAGAGGGAAAUAUUGCUCAAAAUGGAAAAGUUAAUUAUUACGAUUUCGUGAAAUUUUUCGUUGAACCAGUGCCGGACUACUAAGCCAAAAUUGAUAAUGGAUCUGUGUUUUUUAACAGGUUAUAUCUGUAACAACUUAGUUAGUGAUACGACUACCAUUUGUCGCAUUUUUGGUGUUGUUUUUUUCUACAUUGUAUUUUUCUCUUCGUGCAUAUUUUUGAUUUGUCUACAUAUUUCCAUAACAUUAUUAUUACGAUAAUCUAGUCUAUACUUCUCCUAAAAGCGCAAACAUUGCCCGCUCUCUGGAUUAGUAUUCACUAUUCAGUACAUUCACUCAUCAUGGACUAAUAAAAUAAUUAAA